CUCUAAGGUCUCGCACACACACCGCCAUACGUCGGCUUCCGAGCCUGAGCCGCAACAAUGAACUCCAGGAGAGAAGAGCCCGAGUUUGAUUUCAACUAUCUCUUUGAGUUCAACCAAGGAGUGCAGCCCCCCAUGCAGAGAGAUGCCUUCAACUACACUCCGAACGUCAGCCUGUCCCUGCCGCUCGGCAUGGGCAACCCCUACCUGGCCAACCAGUACCACAACCUGCAGACGAGCCCGGUCAUCUCGGUGACCUCGUGCCAGCAGAGCGGCUACUCCAUGCACGAGGACGCCGUGGCCUCGGGCUACUACCUGCGGCCCAACGGCGCGCCGCCGCUCGAGAGCCCGCGCAUCGAGAUCACCGCCUACGGCCAGUUCGCCGACGACGAGGUGGAGGAGAGCGGCACGGCCGACCCGGCGGUCAACGCCAAGCAGCGCAACGUGGUCAACUCGGUGGUGACCCUGACGCUGCCCAACGCCGACGGCUACCGCGACCCCAGCUGCCUGAGCCCGGCCAGCAGCCUGUCGUCGCGCAGCUGCAACUCGGAGGCGUCGUCGUACGAGUACUACAACUACGACGUCUCGCCGCAGAACUCGCCCUGGCAGUCGCCGUGCGUCUCGCCCAAGGGCUCGUCCUCGCUGCUCUCGUGCCCGCACGCCUCCAUCGCCAUGGCGACGGCCGGCGUCAUCGGCGGCUCCACCUCUUCGCCCACGCGCCACUCGCCGUCCAACUCGCCCCACGCCGGAAUCGCCCACAACAACAACGACGACGGCGGCGGCGGCUGGGGGAACGGGAACGGGAACGGAAACGGAGUGCCGCGCAACGGAAACGGCGGCUCUCGGCCGAACUCUCCGUCGUGCGGCGUCACCGCCGGGAAGAGGAAGUACAGCCUGAACGGCGCCCCCUACAGACAGCCCUCGUACUCGCCCAACCAGUCGCCCGUGCCCUCCCCGCGCGGCUCCCCGCGCCUCAGCGUCGCCGGCAGCGACGACUCCUGGAUGGCCUCCAACACCAACCAGUACACCAACUCCGCCAUCGUGGCCGCCAUCAACGCGCUGACCACCGACGGCGUGGUGGACCUGGCCGAGGGCAUCCCCGUCAAGUCGCGCAAGACCACCGUGGAGCACGGCCCCGGCAUGAGCCUGAAGGUGGAGCCCAGGGAGGACGAGCUGGGCCCGGGCGGCGGAGGAGACCUCUGCCAGGAGGACUACAACGGCACCGGCGCCGCCACCACCCGCCUGCCCUUCAAGAAGGAGAGCUACUGCACAGGGUUCCUGGACGUGCCCCCGCAUCCAUACUCAUGGUCCAAGCCCAAGCCAUACCUCAGUCCCUCUCUGCCCGCUCUGGACUGGCAGCUGCCGUCCUGCUCGGGGCCCUACAGCCUGCAGAUCGAGGUGCAGCCCAAGUCGCACCACCGCGCCCACUACGAGACAGAGGGCAGCCGCGGCGCCGUCAAGGCUCUCUCCGGGGGCCACCCCGUGGUGCAGCUGUACGGCUACAUGGAGAGCGAGCCGCUCACCCUCCAGCUGUUCAUCGGCACGGCGGACGACCGGCUCCUGCGCCCGCACGCCUUCUACCAGGUCCACCGCAUCACCGGCAAGACCGUGUCCACCGCCAGCCACGAGGUGCACCAGAGCAACACCAAGGUGCUGGAGAUCCCCCUGCUGCCCGAGAACAACAUGCGCGCCAUUAUUGACUGUGCUGGGAUCCUGAAGCUGCGUAACUCUGACAUCGAGCUGCGUAAGGGGGAGACGGACAUCGGGCGCAAGAACACGCGCGUCAGGAUGGUGUUCCGCGUCCACAUCAACCAGCCCAACGGCCGGACAGUGUCCCUUCAGGCAUCCUCCAACCCCAUCGAGUGCUCCCAGCGUUCGGCCCAGGAGCUGCCCCUGGUGGAGAAGCAGAGUCUGGACAGUUACCCCGCCACAGGGGGCAAGAGAGUGCUCCUGAGCGGCCACAACUUCCUGCCCGACUCCAAGGUGGUGUUCGUGGAGAAGGCCCAAGAUGGACACCAUCUGUGGGAGACAGAGGCAAAAGUCGACAAGGACUCCAUUAAGUCUUGCUCGCUGGUGGUGGAGAUUCCUCCGUAUCGCAACCAGAGAAUAUCCAGCCCUGUGCCGGUCAACUUCUACGUGUGCAACGGCAAGAGGAAGAGGAGUCAGUACCAGCGCUUCACCUACCUGCCUCCCAACGUCCCUAUGAUUAAGACAGAACCUAGUGACGACUACGAAUCCCAGGGGGCACCUGUGAUGUCAGUGCACUCCAAGUCCUAUUACGGCCAGCAGAGACUGACUCCCAUGAUGCCGCUGGGUGAGGUGGACGGCGGCUGCCUGGUGAGCGGGUACCCGUCGUGCCCGCAGCGUCACGGCGCCGCGCCCGCCUCGUCGUCCUCGUCCUCGCCGCCCAGCUCCAGCUCCAGCCCCAAGCUGCACGACCUGUCCCCCGUCGUCGUGGCCGUGGCCUACCCCAAGUGCCUUCCCGGCAGCAGCCCCACGCACCACUCGCUGCCCUUGCAGGAGACGGCCGGCGGCGGCGGCGGCCGGGGCGGAGGAUCCCUGGGCCUUCCCGCCUCGCCGGACCACCACCCGUCCCUCACCCUGCUCCACUCCACCCAGGGCGGCAGCCCCGGCUACAACCCUCCGCCUCCGCACCCGCUGUACCCCAACAGCAGCCCCUCGUCCUCCCCGGUCUCCCACCCCUCCACCCCGGGCGCGGCCUCCGCGGAGAGCCCCUGCUUCGUCCCGUCCUUCAGCCCCGGCCAGACGCCCUCGGCUGGGGCCCAGAGCCAGGGCAGUCCCGCCGACAGUCCCCCGUCCAUCACCGUCAAGCAGGAGCCCCAGGAGCUGGACCAGAUGUACCUGGAUGAUGUCAAUGAGAUCAUCCGGAACGAUCUCUCCAGCAUCUCGGUCCACAGCCACGCAUAGACGCUCCUGCCCGCAGACGCGCCGAGACCAAAGGGACCACAAGAAAGGGAGAGUCUCUUAAUCCAGCUCCAUAACCCCCCCUCCUCAAAGACCACCAAGACUUUGUGAGACUGUUUCCCCACUCCCACUGCCGUCCACCAUCCUGACCGGUCUCCUGCCCUGGGUGGGGGGGGAAGUUCUCCUACUGGACUGGCCACAGAUAUCACCCCCCCCCCCCCCCCAGACCUGCACAACUACUUGUUGAUUGAUUGAAUGUCUCACAUGAAUAGCCUUAAAGCCUGACGAGGUGUACAUAGCAUUUGUUGCGCUCUUGCCUUAAGUGAGAGAGAAAAAGAAAAAAAAAGGGAUUGCUCUUGUAUAUGGACCAAGACUUUUAUGCUCUUUAAACUGAUGACCUCCUCUGCAUACGAGAGAUAGGCUCUGUGGUCUGUGUAUGCAUAUGACCAGUGUGUGUGUGUGUGUGUGUGUACGUGUGUGUGCAUGUGUGUGUGUGUGUGUGUAUGUGUGUGUGUGUGUGUGUGUGUGUGAGAGUGUGAGUGUGGGGGAGUGAAAUAGAAACAGGGUUAGGGAGGAAGGCGACUUGCCAUGGGUGUUGCCUUAACAGCAUGCACAAAUAAGGAUGCAAUUCUGCUCUCUCUCUCUCUCGCGCGCUCGCCGCGCGCCACAUUUCAACCAGGACUGGUUUUUAUAUGCCUUUUUAUUUUCAUUGAUUGUUUGUUUACAGGAAAGCUGGAAUAUGUAUAGAAAACAAAAUGUGCUCAUAGAAUAGACAUCUUCAUGAAUAUCCCAUUCCUCUUCCUUUAUAAUAUGGACAGAAAUUUCUCUGUAAUGGUCUUUGUAUAAAUAUGUUUAUUGUUGGCCUGUAAAUAAGCAUUUCCUGCCUAAUGUAGCACUCCCUCCAACCAACACUGAGGAGAACUCCAGAGUCCGCUGGGUCCCAGUGCAAUUGAGAAUUUCUCUGUAUUUCCUCCAUCUUUUGAAGGAUGUAUGGUAAAUGUCAUAGGGAAUGGUUGGGCUUUUUAAGCUGAUAUAUCUGAUUUAUAUGUGUCCAUAUUUAACUAUGUACUGCAGGGAUUCACUAAAGCCAUGAAGUGGACCAUGAACUUUAUCCCCUAUGAAUUGGCUAAAGUCUCCAUGGUCAUGUGAUAGAUUUUUGUUAAGAUGAUGAUUGUUGAAUUUCAGCAGUUAGACAAUCAAAGAGUUUCAAGACAAUCAUGUGUUUGUUUGUUUUUUAACUGUAAUCUAUUACCGCCUUGCAAAACAAUCCCUAAUAUUGCCACUGUGGAAGCCUUUCUUCGAUGUCUAAGUCAAUGCAUUCCAUUUGAUAUGUAAAUUCAACCAGUGCUUCUUUCAUACCACUUGGACAGGGCAUGCUAUUUAUUGCAUGUUGUUUACUUUCAGUGUUGAUACAUGUCACCUACAGUACAGCUAGCACAGACACUUCUCCAAUUGGCAAUAACAUGAUACCAAAGAACCAUGACCAUUUUUCAGAAUUGUAAACUGUAAUUCUAUGCACUCCCUCUCUAUCAGGCUCGUCAGGGUUUCAUCUCGGGAAUUUUCCCCCAGCUUUGUGUUUAGAUACUUUAGAGACGUUUGUAUUCACACUUGGCAUGACCAAAACCGAGUAGACAUUUUGAAAAAUGGCCGCUGUUCCUUUUUGUAGGCUCUCUUGUCCCUUUAAGUGAUCUUGGUGUCUGUUUCUUCACCGUUAAUGUCUAAACCAUUUGGGGUUAAGGGUGGGUGGUGAAUUGUUGAAGAAUGGAUAACAGAGACCAACACUGAGUUUCGAUUGGUGUCCUCGCUGAGAAUCAAUGUUGUCGCACAUUUGUUGUUAUAUGCUAUCAAUAUCUUUAAAAGCAUGCACUUAAUACCGAUGCUACAGUUGUUAUCUUUUUACUUUAGUACGCCAUAACUAGCUACAUAUGUAUUUUGGAGUAUGUUUCUCUAAUGUAGAUUAUAAACGCAUGUGUAAUGUUUCUGAAGAUUUUCUCUCUUGUGCCUUAUUCCGCGUCGUCUCCGAUAAAUAUGAUUGUAUCUCCUACUCCUGUCCUCUCUUCAGGCACACAGUGAAAUAUCUCCUCUCCUCUCUAAUAUGAAAUAUUUAUAGUAAUGAAAACGUGUGUGUUAUGUACACAUUAUGCAUUCUGCAAC